AUGCUUCUGGGUAAAGAGGAAAUUGAACGCUCAGAUACGUGGAACCGGAAGGAUUCCAAACCACCCAGGGCCGGGUUGACGCACCAGCCAGGUGCUUACGUUCUUCUAAUGCUUCGCGAAGCUUUCUGGAAGAUGUUUGAGAAUCUGCUCAUGGGUGUGGUCGGGGACCAUGCGAUUCGACCGCUGAACAACGUGUUUGUCCGUCUGACAUCCACGACCGUCCUCGAGGAUGGAGCUGAAAUUCGAGUGCUAGAUGAUAGCGAAGAUCAGAAGUAG